AUGGAAGGUAUACAAUUAAAAGCCUUUAAUAACUCAAAAGAUGAUACAAAAACUUUGCGGGCGGACCACGUAGAAACAAUGUCUAACGGAGAUUUUCUAGAUAUUAAAUAUAUUGACAGUUUAGCAAGUAAAAUUGACUUACUUAUUGAAGAUGAUUUAGGUCGACUCAAAACGCCUCGAAAUAAACAUAAACUCUUAGAAAGUAUAAAGAAAAGAGUACUAGAAACUGUUGAUGAAAAACAAAAAGAAAUUAGUCAAAAUGAAAAUUUAGAUACGAGGCGGAAUUUAAAAAUGAAAGACGAACAUGUAAUAAAUAGUUACAAUAAUGUCGACAAUAUUAUUAGAAUAAAAAAUAUGAAUAACUUGAAAUGUCUUUAUGGUGAUGUUUUUGUUACACUUGAUAAAUUGUGUAACGAUAACAUUGACUGCCCCGAUGGAUCUGAUGAAAAAUAUUGUGGAUCACAAGCUAUGGAAAGAAUGCAAUAUUCGAAUUGGGUUAUAACUAAUAUCGAAUCCUAUUUAGAAAACAAUUGUUUUGAAAUAAAUGAAAAUGGGACAACUUCGACAAAAAGAAAUGAAGUGAUCCUUGAUAUAUUGCAAAUGCAAAGAGAAUUUAAAGAAAAAUAUAAAAAUUUUAGUCUUUCAUUUGAAAGUAGUAAUUUGAUUGUUAAAGGAGAUUCUGAUUAUGAUGCGAGCUUAAAAAUUAAGGCAAAAGAAAUCACUUUAAUAAUCAGUUCAUUUGCAAAAACAUUAGAUGGACUGUUGUGUUCCCAAAGAUCUGGUGAACUUGAAACAAGACGAAACGCCGCUAUUUUCGAAAUUAAUGUAGAUAAAAUAACGAAAGAUUCAACUUGGCCACCAAAGCAUUGCAAAUGUAACAAGGAACAUUGUCCUGACUGCAGUAAUAGUUGCAAACGCAUUUGUUGGCAACAGUACAGUCUUCACUUAUGGAACUGUGAAUCAGUUCACGGUACUGAUACGGUAUCGUUAAAUUCCUUAUGUGAUGGGAAAUUGGACUGUAUCGAUGAAAGCGAUGAGAAAGAUUGCAGGAUUGGUAGCGGAUAUGAGAAAUUUGAAGCACAAGAGAAAUACAACAGAGUUAUAAAAAUGUUAAAUUUAAGAUCUUCGAAACAGAACUUGCUAAUACAAAAGAUGUUCUUUAAUCUUCGAGAAUUAAUUAUGAAACUGCAAAAAAUGACAUUAAAAUAUGUAGCUGAUAUUUCUGCAGUACGAAAACUAAGAAAUGAAUGUUAUAAUUUAAUACAGACUAUAUAUUCCAAAAUGUGGCAGCAAUCAUCCUCUUUCGAUGAGUCCGUUGAAGCGUAUUUAUAUCUACUAUCUAUUAAUGAAAAUUUAGGAGCAGCUUUAAAACGUUCUCAUACUGGUAAUAGUCGGAUUAUAGGUGAAGGAUGCAUUUGUCGAAAUGGAUUUUGCUCGAAAGCCCUGUGUUCAAAAGUAUGUGUAAAAGCAUGUAAAGUUGAACCUAAACUAAUGAGCUAUCAAUGUAAGGGUUCCAAUGUGACGGUAUCACUUGAUAACAUCUGCAACGAUAAACGGGAUUGUCCUAAUGGAUUCGAUGAAAUCAACUGCAAGAAAGAUGAAAUUUGUCGUCGCCAUCAUCUAAUUAUCUUGCGUAAUAGUCUACAAGAUGUCGGAAAAACUUUCAAAGGAACUGCUUUAGGAGAACUGCUGAUAUCUUGGAAAACAAAAGUCAUCUCAACAAUAAAUUUUGCGGAAAAAAAUGGAAGACCAAAGCCACAAGCUAUUAGGAAUAUUGUGAAAGAUAUUCUGAGAGACUUACUAGUCACAUACGGCUCCGUUGAGAAUUAUAGAAGAACUAAUACUGAUUAUGGUUUGCCAGAAUUCUUGAGUAUUGCUCAAAUCGUCAUGGAAAAUAUAAAACUUUGUGGUCAAUACUUAAGCAUUUCGAGCGCUAGCAUCACACCAGUCGUUCGUGAGUCGAGCAACAUCAUGGCAGAUAAAUAUUACGGUUACGGUGUAAGACCCGGAUAUGGAUACCCGCCCGGCCCACCAGGAUCUGGUGCUCCUCCCUCGAAUUAUCCCUAUGGGCCCGGUGUUGGAUUCUACCCUGUUCAUCCCCCAUAUCCUCCCAGCUACUAUCCCCCCUCCGGCGGCAUUCAUGUUGUCGAUUCCAAUCCAAACGAUGUACCACAAUUACCCGGAGAAAUAGUCGAGUUACCAUGGAGCACAUUCCGUUGGGUUCCGGCAUGUUUGAGCCAGAGGAGUAUCCCUAUGGGAGCUCUUCGAGUCGGCACAGACGUCGAUGGCGACGAAAUUUACGCAGGCAGAGCACAUCAUGCAGGAGACAUCCUCCCAGCAAAGGUCAUUCCUACCAAGAACGCCUGUUACAUCGCGUACGAAGGUCAAGAAAUUCUGGUGGAUCAGUUCGAGGUUCUGGUCCCCGCCAUGUUCUCGUGGCAGUUCUCAACUAACGGUAACGUGCCCCCAGGCGCAGUGGAAGCCGGUAUGACCGCUGAUGGAGAAAAACUUUACUUCGGCAGGGUUAACCACGAUGGCUGCACUACACCUGGCAAGAUACACCCAAGUCACUGUGUUUGCUACUACCCCUUCGACGGAGAAGAGAGAAGCUCAUCAGAAUAUGAGUGUCUUGUCCUUAUUUAAAUUAUAUGUAGCAACAAAUUUAUAGUUUAAUGUUAACUUAAAAUUGUAAAGAAAAUGAUGUUGAUGCUCUAUCUAAAUUCAUUUGUUAUUUUUGAAAAAGUAUUCGAGUCACAGAUAUAAAUAAAAAUAUACAUGUAAUGUUGGUUAAAAAAUGCGCUCAAAUGCUAAGAGGAAAUCCUCUUAUUUUAUAGAUUUAGUUUGACGGUUUAUUU